AUGACAUCCUAGAGUAAAUUUUAUGAUUUAUUAUGUUUAUUCAAAAUCUCAAUGGUUAAUGAUCAAACAUGGUUGUAAAGAAAUGAUAAACUCUUCGCAGCCAUGGCGACUUCCGUGGAGAACUGGCGGAUAACAAUACCGACCCUCAAAGAUAAUGUGAGUGUUCAAUUGGAAGCAAGAAACAGGUUUAAACGAAGGUAUCAACCAGAACCAACAUUAGAGUCAGAUAAGGAUUGCGAGGACGCUGUCGACACCGCCCCGUGCACCACGUGUCGCCACGUGCGGUCCCAGCACUGUGGCAGCACGGACCCCAAGCUCAGGUGCAAGAAGCCGGUCACUGCGAUCAUCCCGUCCUACGAAUCCCUCACCAGAUCCGCUACCGGCAGCUGCAAGUACUGCUGUUGCACUUUGGGCGUAUUCUUCCAGGAAAUCCAAGCAAAGUUGCAGGGCGACCCGAAUACGAGAAUUUGCGACAGCCUAUCCGAAAUCGGGGACAUCUUUCUGGCUAUGCUCACAGAUUUCGUGUUAUUCUUAAGGCGAUUGGGCUGCGAAUCCGUCAAGGCUGUCAUAGACAAGAGUCACAAAUACGCGGGAAUUGCCAAAGACAAAAUCAAAGAUAAAACUGUGAAACUGAUCAAACAAAAAAUUAGUGAUGUUUCUAAUCAACUAAGCUGAAACUAAUCUGAAUUACGCUCAGUGAAGGAAUUUGAAAAUUGUUGAAAUUAGUGCUUAAAUAAAAAGUAAAAAUCUUUGGAAUAUAUUAUUAAAAAUUCAAAAAAUGAGUACCUACAAUCAAUCAGAAAUUAAUUCUAGAAUCAAAGAUUUCCUUUCCUAUCUC